UUUUUCUCUUCCUGAAGUGGACUGCAGUCCUGAUGCAUCUUGAGAGCGUGAGAACUCAGAGAACCUGCUGCCAGGUUGGCAUCAGCAGACAGGAGACGGAGCAGACAGCAGCUCUGCAUGUGUCAUGUUAGAGGCAGGACACUUGCCUGCACCCCCUCCCCCUGGAACUCUCAGUCAAAAUCUUUAACCUGGGCCCACCGGAGAGAUACGAGCAGCGCUACUGAUUCAAUUAGACAUUUGUGAAGUCAAAGGUUCGAAUCCCAAACUCAGCCCCCAGAAACCAGGGUCAGGAUGCAGGUGUCCUUCGCCUGCACCGAACACAACCUCAAGAGUCGCAGCGAGGACCGACUUUGUGGCCUUCGCACCGCUCCGCCCCCAGGAGGCAGCAGCGGAGGAGUCGGAGGAGGUGGCGGCGGUGGAGGAGGUGGUGGCAGCGGAGGUGGUAGUGGCGGAGGAGCGGGCGGAGGAGGCGGCGGAGGAGGGAGCGGACAAGAGCGCAAUGGCAACUACAUGUCCCAAGGCUCGGUCAAGGCCAGGGAGGGCCCCGGGUCGCGCCAGACCCCUCAGGGCCACGCGCACAUGAAGGAGGCCAUCGGGCGCCACACUAGUAUGAAGUACAGGAACCUGGGCAAGUCCGGCCUCCGUGUGUCUUGCCUUGGCUUAGGCACAUGGGUGACGUUUGGAUCACAAAUAUCUGACGAGAUGGCAGAGAACCUGAUGACCUUAGCGUAUGAGAACGGGGUCAACCUAUUUGACACCGCAGAGGUUUAUGCUUCUGGAAGAGCAGAGAUCACACUGGGGAACAUAAUCAAGAAGAAAGCAUGGAGACGCUCUAGUAUUGUCAUCACAACUAAGAUCUACUGGGGAGGCCAAGCAGAGACAGAGAGAGGGCUCUCCAGAAAGCACAUCAUUGAAGGUUUAAGAGGAUCCUUAUCAAGACUCCAGCUCGAUUAUGUGGACAUUGUUUUUGCCAACAGAAAUGAUGUCAACAGUCCAAUGGAAGAGAUUGUGCGGGCCAUGACGUUUGUCAUCAACCAGGGUAUGGCCAUGUACUGGGGCACCUCACGCUGGAGCGCCAUGGAAAUCAUGGAAGCCUACUCGGUGGCCCGCCAGUUCAACUUGAUACCACCUGUGUGCGAGCAGGCAGAGUAUCACUAUUUUCAGAGGGAUAAAGUCGAGGUGCAGCUGCCUGAGCUCUACCACAAGAUCGGUGUUGGAGCCAUGACCUGGUCACCACUGGCGUGUGGAUUAAUCACUGGGAAGUACAGCGAUGGAGUACCAGAGUGCUCCAGAGCAGCAAUGAAGGGCUACCAGUGGCUGAGGGAGCGAGUGAACAGUGAGGAGGGGCGCAGGCAGCUAGCUAAAAUCAAGGAGCUCCACCUACUGGCAGACAGGCUGGGAUGCACCGCCGCACAGUUGGCCAUCGCAUGGUGUCUUCGCAGUGAAGGCGUCAGCUCGGUGCUUCUGGGUGUUUCAAACACAGACCAGCUGCUGGAGAACCUGGGCGCACUGCGGGUUUUAUCCCAAAUGACCCCACAAACAGUCACAGAGAUGGACGCUGUGCUGGGAAACAAGCCCCACUCAAAGAAGGAGUCUCGUGCUUGAACAUCCCCCGUCCAGGCAAGAGCAAGAAGAAUGACAAAGAAGACAAAGACUUAGCUUUUUCUCUGCUGUAUACUCAACAACUUGCAUGUUCUCAGUAACAUUAUGCUUCCAGAAUGGGCGUAUAAACUAUUGUGCGCAGUACAUUGUAUCAUGUAUGGGGGGGUGGGGGGGGGGUGGGGGGGGAAUCUUGCAGUUGUUAAUCAGAACAAAAACAGCUCAUAUUAAUACUCAUUGACAGGAUAAUUAUGUUUACAGUAGAGGAGGUCAAAGGCUAUAGUGAGUGGUUGCAAAAAGCAAAUAUGGACUUUUGCUAAGAAAAGGGGGAAGACAACACACCGCCUCUGUGCUAUAAUGAAACCUGACUGAGGUAGUGGUGCAUUCGCCGCACGUGGGAGUCUACAGCCUCCUUCCAACUGCAUAUUUACUGUCUGAACUGUGGGCCCAGCAGCAGAAGAAGCAUCAAGAGGGACAGCGGUUAGUUCAGAUGUGUCGUGCCCAACAUUUCCCAUAGUGUGCAUGCGACUGGUCUGGCAAACAUUCACUGCUUCACCAAGUUGGGCACAGUGGAUCACUUUGGAUGUUAAAAAAAAGAUGAUUACAUCACAUGCUUUUUAGAAAUAGGCGGAUUACUCAGAGGUAUGGAAAAAUGCACUAAAGAACAUGAGAUUAUAGUUUACAAAGUUUGGCUGAGAAUUCCUGAUCUUGAUGAAAAUGAAUGCAUUUCAAAAAAUAGCUUUGGAUUAUCAUUAGUAUUUUCAUGCAUUAUUUUAAUGGAGCAGUGUAGUCACCGUCUGAGAACAUUUUCCAACACUGCUGGUGUGUUAGCAGUGUCUUUUCUUCUUCUUUUUUUGUCUCCUCUGUUCCUCAACUAUGCGCAUGUCCCUUUAAGAAAGAAAAGCCCCAACAAGGUUGUCAAAUAUGGCAUUGCUUUUAUUGGCGUAUGUACCGUAGAUUUGCUGUAGCCUGACUUUGGGGCAAAGGAUCAAAGAUCUAGAGCUUGAAAUGAGAUGUUUGAAACAAGACUAUUUGGGGAGGUCAAUUGUAAAAGUCUUGCAACAGGUCACAAGGGGUGAUAUUCAGCAAAUGUAUGCUGGUUUUUUUUUGUUUUUGUUUUUUAAUAUGGAAGCCUUUUAUAACAUGUUUAAUCAUCUGUCUGGGAAAUUCUGUGUUUGUUUGUUUUCUCAAUUCUGAGCAUUUAAUACUCUUGUUUCCAUGCCUUUUCCUUUCGUUUUCUAUGACUUCUAUGUAGAGUGAGGGGCUGUGUUCCUUUUGUCAAUUCCCAUGAAAAUGGCCAUCAUCGGGACUCUAUGGUGGGCAGUGUUUUGAUGACUUGUUUAGGUUGGCACACAAUUAAAGCGUAUAUAGGCCUAUCUGUUUGGCAGCAAUGCAAAGGGGUUCAUUAAGGAAUCAUGAAGGAAUCACCCUCUGUUACUCUGUGACCAUGUACAGUCAGACUAAGUGCUGCGUCCAGUGUACAUGAACUAUUCAAUCCAUCUUAUGAAAAUGUAAACUUUGCCUGCAUAACUUCUAUUUUACUGUCUUGCAACAAAGAGAAAGUGUGAUGAGGGGCAACAAUUCAAGCUGAACAUGCUGAAUGUAACGUGUCUGUUGCGGCGUCUCCAGGGAAAGCACAUUACAUGAUUUAAAGGGUUCUUCUCUC